UCGAUCUUUUCGGGCUCCGACACCCUCGGCCUGCCGGAGCCGGGGUCAGCCACUGCGUUCAGGUGGGCGGCCCCGGAGCGGUGCUUCUGGACUAUGUGGGGCAGUGAUCCACUAGCAGCUUCUGAUGGAGGCGGGGCAGCAGUGACUGUGGCCUUUACCAACGCUCGUGACUGCUUCCUCCACCUGCCGCGACGCCUCGUGGCCCAGCUGCACUUGCUGCAGAAUCAAGCUAUAGAAGUAGUCUGGGGUCACCAGCCUGCAUUCUUGAGCUGGGUGGAAGGCAGGCAUUUUAGUGACCAAGGUGAAAAUGUGGCUGAAAUUAACCAACAAGUUGGUCAGAAACUUGGACUCUCAAAUGGAGGACAGGUAUUUCUCAAGCCGUGUUCCCAUGUGGUAUCUUGUGAACAAGUUGAGGUGGAACCGCUCUCAGCAGAUGAUUGGGAGAUACUGGAGCUGCAUGCUGCUUCCCUUGAACAGCAUCUUCUAGAUCAAAUUCGAAUAGUUUUUCCAAAAGCCAUUUUUCCUGUUUGGGUUGAUCAACAAACUUACAUAUUUAUCCAAAUUGUUGCACUAAUGCCAGCUGCUGCUUAUGGAAGGCUGGAAACUGACACCAGACUCCUCAUUCAGCCAAAGAUACGCCAAGCCGAUGAGAAUACAUUUUCAAACAUAGAUGAUGCAUGUGGAAAAUUUCAUAGUUAUGGAAGAUACCAAAAAGGAAUGACAAAAGAACUUCAAACCAAGCAACUUCAGGCAAAUACUGUGGGAGUCACUGGAUCUAAUGGAACAGAGUCAGAAGUUCCAGUUGACUCAUCAUCGAUACCAGGCUUAUGGGCUAUGAUAGGAAACAUUUUUUCUUUUGGAUCUAAGAAGAAACAAGAGACAUCCUGGGGUUUAACUGAAAUCAGUGCAUUCAAAAAUACACAGUCAGAGGUUGUUCCUCUAGACAAUAUUUUCAGAGUAUGCAAAUCUCAACCUCCCAGUAUACGUAAUGCAUCAGCAACUUCUGUGUUUCACAAACACUGUGCCAUUCAUGUAUUUCCAUGGGACCAGGAAUAUUUUGAUAUGGAGCCCAGCUUUACUGUGACCUAUGGAAAGCUAGUUAAGCUACUUUCUCCAAAGCAACAACAAAGUAAAACAAAGCAAAAUGUCCUGUCACCUGAAAAAGAGAAGCAGAUGUCACAGCCAUCAGAUCAAAAAGAUAUUAGCUCAGGUCAUAGUCAAGAAGCUGGUAAGGCCUGUGUGCUACAGGUAGUCUGGAAUGGACUUGAAGAAUUGAAGAAUGCCAUAAAAUAUACCAAAAACAUAGAAGUUCUCCAUCUCGGGAAAGUCUGGAUGCCAGAUGACCUGAUGAAGAGACUAAAUAUAGAAAUGCAUGCAGUAGUCAGAAUAACUCCAGUGGAAAUCACCCCUAAAAUUCCAAGAUUUCUGAAGUUGCAACCUAGAGAAAAUUUACCUAAGGACAUAAAUGAAGAAGAUGUAAAAACUGCAUUCUAUUCAUGGCUGCAGCUGUCUGCUACUACCAUGCUCCCUUUGAUAAUAUCAGAGGAAGAAUUUAUUAAGCUGGGAAUUAAAGAUGGAUUAAAGGAGUUUUCUCUGAGUGUAGUUCAUUCUUGGGAAAAAGAAAAAGAAAAAAAUAUUUUUCUGUUGAGUACCAAUCUACUGCAGAAGACCACAAUACAAGUCCUUCUAGAUCCUAUGGUAAAAGAAGAAAACAGUGAGGAUAUUGACUUUAUUCUUCCUUUUUUAAAGCUGAACUCUUUGGGAGGAGUGAAUUCCUUAGGCAUAUCCUCCAUGGAGCACAUCACUCAUAGCCUCCUGGGACGCCCUUUGUCUCGCCAGCUGAUGUCCCUUGUGGCGGGACUGAGGAAUGGAGCCCUUUUACUUACUGGAGGAAAGGGGAGUGGAAAAUCAACAUUAGCCAAAGCAGUCUGUAAAGAAGCAUUUGACAUGUUGGAUGCCCAUGUGGAGAUAGUCGACUGUAAAGCUUUACGAGGAAGAAGGCUUGAAAACCUACAGAAAACCCUGGAGACAGCUUUCUCAGAGGCAGUGUGGAGGCAGCCAUCUGUGGUUCUGCUGGAUGACCUUGAUCUCGUGGUUGGACAGCCUGCUGUCCCAGAACACGAGCACAGUCCUGACACUGUGAGGAGCCAGCGGCUCGCACACGCUUUGAAUGAUACGAUGAAAGAGCUUAUUUCCAUGGGAAGUUUGGUUGCACUGAUUGCCACAAGUCAGUCUCAACAUUCUCUGCAUCCUUUACUUGUUUCUGCUCAAGGAAUUCACAUAUUUCAGUGUGUCCAACAUAUUCAACCUCCUAAUCAGGAGCAAAGAUACGAAAUUCUGCAUAAUGUAAUAAAAAAUAAACUGGACUGUGAUAUAAACAAAUUCACUGAUCUUGACCUGCAGCAUGUAGCUAAAGAAACUGAAGGGUUUGUGGCUAGAGAUUUUACAGUGCUUGUGGAUCGAGCCAUACAUUCUUGUCUCUCUCAUCAGAAUAUAUGCAGCAGGGAAGAAUUAGUUUUAACAACAUUGGAUUUCCAAAAGGCUCGUCAAGGAUUUAUUCCUGCUUCUCUGCGAAAUGUCAACUUGCAUAAACCUAGAGACCUGGGCUGGGAUAAGGUUGGUGGAUUACAUGAAGUUCGGCAGAUACUUGUGGAUACUAUCCAGUUACCAGCCAAGUAUCCAGAAUUAUUUGCAAACUUGCCCAUACGACAAAGAACAGGAAUACUGUUGUAUGGUCCUCCUGGAACAGGAAAAACCUUACUAGCUGGGGUAAUUGCACGAGAGAGUGGAAUGAAUUUUAUUAGUGUCAAGGGGCCAGAGUUACUCAGCAAAUAUAUUGGAGCAAGUGAACAAGCUGUUCGAGAUAUUUUUAUUAGAGCACAGGCGGCAAAACCCUGCAUUCUUUUCUUUGAUGAAUUUGAAUCUAUUGCCCCUCGAAGGGGUCAUGACAAUACAGGAGUUACAGACCGAGUAGUUAACCAGUUGCUGACUCAGUUGGAUGGAGUAGAAGGCUUACAGGGUGUUUAUGUAUUGGCUGCUACUAGUCGCCCUGACUUGAUUGACCCUGCCCUGCUUAGGCCUGGUCGCCUAGAUAAAUGUGUAUUCUGUCCUCCUCCUGAUCAGGUGUCACGUCUUGAAAUUUUAAACGUUCUCAGUGACUCUCUACCUCUGGCAGAUGAUGUUGACCUUCAGCACGUGGCCGCAGUAACUGACUCCUUUACCGGAGCUGAUCUGAAAGCUCUACUUUACAAUGCCCAGUUAGAGGCCUUACAUGGAAGGCUGCUCUCCUGUGGACUCCAGGAUGGAAGUUCCAGCUCUGAUAGUGACCUAAGUCUGUCUUCAAUGGUCUUUCUUAACCACAGCAGUGGCUCUGAUGAUUCAGCUGGAGAUGGAGAAUGUGGCUUAGAUCAGUCCCUCGUUUCUCUAGAGAUGUCUGAGAUCCUUCCAGAUGAAUCAAAAUUCAAUAUGUACCGGCUUUACUUUGGAAGCUCUUAUGAAUCAGAACUUGGAAACGGAACCUCUUCAGAUUUGAGCUCACAGUGUCUCUCUGCACCAAGUUCCAUGACUCAGGAUUUGCCUGGAGUUCCUGGGAAAGAUCAGUUGUUUUCACAACCUCCAGUGUUAAGGACAGCUUCACAAGAGGGUCACCAAGAACUUACACAGGAACAGAGGGAUCAACUGAGGGCAGAUAUCAGUAUUAUCAAAGGCAGAUACCGGAGCCAAAGUGGAGAGGAUGAAUCCCUUAACCAACCAGGACCAAUCAAAACCAGUCUAGCUAUUAGUCAGUCACACUUAAUGACUGCACUCAGUCACACAAGACCAUCCAUUAGUGAAGAUGACUGGAAGAGUUUUGCUGAGCUGUAUGAAAGCUUUCAAAAUCCAAAGAAGAGAAAAAAUCAAAGUGGAACAAUGUUUCGACCUGGCCAGAAAGUAACGUUAGCAUAAAAUAUACUCCGGACAUUUUUGUGUUUUUUUUUUGGAUGGCUUGUCCCUACAUUGUCACAGUAAAAAAAUGAUGUUUGUAAAUUUAUUUUUGACUUAACAAAUUUGGUUAAUCUGUAAAAUCACAGAUUUGGUAAAUGCUGGGAUUAUGUAAUGAUCAGGAUUACUUGAGAUUAAUACUAUAGAAUAAAUUGGGGUAUUUAUAACAGAUGCUGUAUUUUAUUUCCUAUAAAGCUAUGAUAAAAUGAAAUAAUAUUGGCCAAAUGGUAACAGUAACUUAUUUCUCCUUUGAAGGAAAGACAGUAGAGAAUGUAAUUAAGUAAAUUUCUUGGAACUCAUAGUGGCAUAUUCAGCAUCUUUAGCAUUUGACAGAUUUUAUGCUUAGCAACUUCUUGACUGUUUUGGAAAUAAAAUAUCUGAUUAUCUACUG